CUGCGCUGCCCGGACCGCGCCGGUGACAUGGCUGCUAAGAGCAAGGGCAAGUCGCCAAGCUACUUUGGCUACCCGUUGAGCAUCUUCUUCAUUGUUAUCAAUGAGUUCUGCGAGCGGUUCUCCUACUAUGGCAUGCGAGCGGUGCUUGUUCUGUAUUUCAAGUAUUUCCUGCAUUGGGAUGACAACUUGUCUACAGCCAUCUACCACACAUUUGUUGCUCUGUGCUACUUGACGCCCAUCCUUGGAGCACUCAUUGCGGACUCUUGGCUGGGAAAGUUUAAGACUAUAGUCUCCUUGUCCAUUGUCUAUACAAUUGGGCAGACAGUCAUGUCUGUGAGCUCCAUAAGUGACCUGACAGAUCACAACAAGGAUGGCUCUCCUGAUAACGUAUCAGUGCACAUUGCUCUGUCCAUGAUUGGCUUGAUCCUCAUUGCACUUGGUACUGGUGGGAUCAAGCCUUGUGUGUCAGCGUUUGGUGGAGAUCAGUUUGAAGAUGAUCAGGAAAAACAAAGAAGCAGAUUCUUCUCUAUCUUUUAUUUGUCCAUUAAUGCUGGAAGUCUCAUAUCUACUAUAGUCACCCCAAUUCUCAGAGCUCAAAGUUGUGGCAUUCACAGCAAACAGCGGUGUUACCCACUAGCUUUUGGAGUUCCUGCUGCCCUCAUGGCUAUCUCCUUGGCUGUGUUUGUAAUUGGAAGUGGAAUGUACAAGAAAGUUAAGCCUCAAGGAAAUAUAAUGAUUCGAGUUUUCAAAUGCAUUGGAUUUGCAAUCAAAAACAGGUUCCGGCAUCGCAGCAAGCAGUUCCCCAAGAGAGAGCACUGGCUAGACUGGGCGAGUGAGAAAUAUGAUAAACGGCUGAUUGCUCAGACCAAGAUGGUAUUGAAGGUGCUUUUCCUUUACAUCCCUCUCCCCAUGUUCUGGGCACUUUUUGACCAGCAGGGGUCAAGAUGGACACUGCAAGCCACAGCAAUGGAUGGGAAUUUUGGAUCCAUUCAGAUUCAGCCAGACCAAAUGCAGACUGUGAAUCCAAUACUGAUUAUAGUAAUGGUCCCAGUUGUAGAUGGUGUGAUUUAUCCUUUAAUCAAGAAAUGCAAGAUCAAUUUUACGCCCCUGAGGAAGAUCACUGUUGGUAUGUUCCUUGCAUCUUUGGCUUUUGUUGCUGCUGCCCUUGUGCAAGUGCAAAUAGAUAAAACCCUUCCAGUUUUCCCUGCAGCUGGGCAAUCCCAAAUCAAAGUAAUAAACCUAGGAACAGACAAUGUAAUAGUUCGGUUUGAACCUCGGCUUCAGAAUGUGACUGUAACACCUAUGGAGUCAACUGGCUACAUGACGUUUGAGACUUCUCAGUUGCAAUCACUAAACAUAACUUCUGGAAACAAAACUAAAUAUGAAAUUAUCCAGCUCCCAGGCCAAAAUCGUCAUACUCUUGGAAUUAAAACUACUGCGACAGAAAUUAUUGCUAAAUGGCUGUUUGACAAUGUCACAUCAAAACCAGAAGAAGGAAAUAAUCUCAUCAGGUUCAUAAACAAUCUGCCUGAUGAUAUCAACAUCACUAUGGAAGACGCUUCUUUUGGAACAGUGACGUCUCUUUCUGCCACUAAUUAUGCCUCCUUUUCAGGAGGAAGAAAAGAUAAAAUUAAAGCUACUAGUAAUUCAAGAACUUGUUCAGUUACUUCAAAGGUGUUUGGAUUUGGCAGUGCCUAUACUAUUAUAGUUAAUGAGUGCACUAGUGAUAACCUUGGCGUAUUGUAUUCUGAAGAUAUAGCACCCAAUACAGUCCAUAUGGCUUGGCAGAUCCCUCAGUAUUUUAUUCUUACAUGUGCCGAAGUAGUCUUCUCUGUCACUGGGUUGGAGUUUUCAUACUCACAGGCCCCAUCUAACAUGAAGGCAGUGCUGCAGGCAGGAUGGCUGCUGACGGUGGCUGUCGGUAACAUAAUUGUCCUUAUUGUGGCUGGAGCAUCCAAACUCAGUGAACAGUGGGCAGAGUAUGUGCUGUUUGCUGCCUUGCUGUUGGUAGUUUGCGUCAUUUUUGCUGUCAUGGCUUAUUUUUAUACCUAUACCGAUCCAAAUGAGGUUGAAGCCCAACUUGAUGAGGAAGAAAAGGAACAACGCAAAAAGGAUCAACAUAUCUAUGAAAACCAAGCUGAAGUUGUGUCCCGGAUGUAAAAAGUGUACUGAAGGAGUGUUUCAAUUAUGAUGUCCCAUUAACUACCACUGCAGUCAGGGGAAUCAGGGUAUCAGUAACAUCUCUGGAUUAUAUGUCUCAUGGGAGAGGUUAAGAAAAACUGUUUUAACUGAAGAUGCAGCCUGCCUUAGUUAGUUUCUCUUCUACUGAAUAUGGUAUCCUGAAGAAACUCAAGCAGAAUUUGCACUCUUAAUGUACCUCAAGCUUAAAUAUCACAGCACUGAAGUACUGGAAUUGCACUUGGCACUAUUGGACCCUGUGAAAAGAUGUAUUUUUAUACUGCAUUUCAAUUUUAUAUCACAAGUGAAACAAGUAUUAACAUGAAAUAGUAAUUAAAGCUAAGCUGUUUGUGUGAUCCCUCUAGCCUCACUGUUACUUGAAAGCAGCAGGUCACAUGUGCCUUAAAUUCUUUUAUACUUCUCUAUGGUAAUGGGAGCAAAGCUCUGGCAUUGCUCAGAUUAAAAUGCUGUCUGUCUGCUCCACAUGGCAGAAACUUGGAUGUGCACUGUAAUGUAACGGUUUAUGUACCUGUUAACUACCCAUUUUAAAUAAAAUUAAUAAGGUGUGUACUCAGGUAAACAGACAAGGGCAAAUGAUGUUGGGAAUAAGCAACAGCAAUAAAACUUGUAA